UUUUCAUUCCCUUCGCCUUCCCUUCACCUUCAUUCUCUUCAUAAGGUACUAACAGGAGGAGUGCAGCCGGUCUGCGAUUGUUGUUUGUUGUGUUCGUUGUUUACGUUCUUUUCGUCCGUCAAUGCAGUAAUUCACCACUUUCGUUCCACUUCGUUUCAUUCCCGUCUUCGUCUCUCCUUUCGAGUCCACAAUCAACAUCAAAUCGGCCGGCCGAAUCCACUGGACACCUCAAAAUAAUAUCAAAAUGAGAGCCACAGCUCCCAAUCUCCGCCGGCGGAACUUUGCCCGAGCGGAAGCCACCCGGGCCUGGGUCGAAGCCACAAAGAGACAAGCUCUCGACACCAGUGACGACUCCCUGAGCGAUGCCAACAGCCUCAACUCACUGAGUGACAACAGUCUCAACUCCCUCAGCGACGACAACAGUCUCGACUCGGACUCCGAUGCCGGUCGUCAACCACCACCCCAAACCACCAACCCCCCACAGCUCACCGGCGCCGCAAAGACUCGCCAACGUCUGACAGCCGGAUCUCGGGGCAGAGUUACUCGUCGAUCUCUUGAACAAAGACAGGUCAUCAACACCUCAGACGACAAUUCCGUCGACAGUCUUGACAACUCCCUCGCCAGCGCCGACUCCUCAGCCGAUGAAGCCCGUCCUCUGCCUACUUCCACCAGACGCCCCAACCUCAGCUCCAAGACCCGCGCGCGUUUGGCCGCCAAGCACCGUCGUGCUCUCGACGCUCGCCAGGCACUAGACAGUGAUUCCGCUGACAGCGUCAAUGACUCCCUCGACAGUGGCGCCGAGUCAUCUGCUGAUGAGGCCAGGCCUUUGAGACGUCCCACCCGCACCCAGAAGACCCGUGCUCGUCGUGCUAUUGACGCAAGGCAGGCGCUUGACAGCUCAGCUGAUGAUAACAGCCUGGACAGUCUAUCCGACAACAGCCUCAACAGCCAGAACAGUCUCGACAGCGGACUCAGCGACGGCAACUCCCUCGAUAGUAACUCUCUCGACUCCGCCUCCGACUCCGAUGCCGCCAGACCGCUGCCUACCAACCCACCCAACAUCACCUCCAAGGCUCCCAAGCGUCUCGGUGCUGGUUCCCGUUUGAACCGUCGUGAAAUCCUCGGCACACACCAUGACCUCGUAGCGUCCGCUGAAGCAGCUGCUGAAGCCGAGGUGCCUACUAUUGCGCCGCGGGAUUUGACUAAUGCCCCUGCUAAGAGUGCCGAGUCGGAGGAGGAAGAGGAGGAAUAUGAUGCGUAUUCUGUGUCUAGUGUUAGUAGUGACGAGGAAGAUGAGAAGGAUGAGAAGAAGGAGAAGGAAACUGGCACUGGGACUGCCAACCCUACUGCUACCGCCACUGAUGGCGCGGCGGCUACUACCGUUGGUGGUACUGCUACCGCGACGAUUACCUCCGGACCUCCCACUACUUCAGAGCCGGCCGAUGCUUUAGCACCCGUCAACUCGGAUGACGCCACGGCGCUGCCUACCUUGACGCUUGCCCCGGAACACAGUACAGCCAGCCCGAGCAGUGUGCUCGGAGCCAUCGACGGCCAGCCCCAGGCGGAUACGCAAGGCCAACAGACGCUGGUGCCGGUGCCGAAGAAGAUGAGCGCUGGUGCCACUGCCGGUAUAGUCCUCGGCGUAUUGGGUUUCAUCGCCCUCUGCACCGGCUUCUUCUUCCUCUUCAUGAAAUGGCGUGCUCGUCGCCGCCCCUCCUCCGUCUUUGGCACCCGUCUAGCCGACGACGAAAAGGGCGGUGACAACCGUGACAUGCCCGGCGGUAACGUCCCGCCUGUGCGCAUCACAUUCACCCGCCCCUCCUGGCCGAUCCAGGAGCCCAACCAGAACCAGGGAGGACAAAACGACACCUUUCAAGCCCAAGCCCAGCGUUAUUCCAAAACCAACAGCGAAAUGAUCAACGACUUGAUGCGCGCCGCCUAUGCUACCGAAAACGGCGGAGCAGGCGGUAACAACAUGGCAGCUGCCUACGGGCACGCAGACCACUACAUCGACGAAAAAGCCUACGCCAUGCUCGCCGGCCAACCCCCCACUCCCUCCGUUGCCGGCACGGAGAAGCGCGGGGUGAGCAAGUGGUUGGCGGAUGUGAUGACUCCUAGACAGUCGUCCAUUUCUCAGAGGUGGCCGUACCCCGUUGAUCCGCCUGAGUCGUUGCCCAGUCCGGUGGCGCAGGGUAGAGGUAUGUCUGGUUAUGGUAACAAUGGGACAACUACCUCUACGAAGCAGAAGAGGUUGACGCCGCCGAGAUUGCCGCUGAAGCCGGUUAUGCCGGCUAGUUUGAGGCCUGGUGGUGGUGCAGGGCCGGUUGGGGGUGUGGGGUUGCCGCCGGGGAGUAAUGUUAACCCUAGGAUGACGGUGGUUUCGCAGACGACGAAUACUACUAGCUCUACUGCUCGUUGGGGUUAAUCGGGCAGUGCUAGAUGUGUAGUUGAGGUGUUGAUGGGUGGGGGAGUUGAUUGUUGACUGGUAGAGAGUACGUGGAGAUGAACUGUAUGAGUGAGAGGAGAUGAGAUCGAGUGUGUGACGAUAAGAGUACUGUAGACGUAGCUAACGUAGUUUAAUAGACCGUUUAUCGGCAUCUUAUGUUACUAUCGCUUUCGUUUCAUUGUGGUUGAUCGUUGUUACAUGGUUGUGAUGCGAUACCGGGACUGGAUGCGGACGGAAGUUGCCGUGGUUGAUCUUUGCGAUAUAUGCGAUAGUGAACGAUGAAGAGUGACGGAGUAGUCGCCGACGCGGAACUUGCCAUGGCUCUUGCUUCGAGUGGAAAUACCGAAUGGAAAGGAGAAUGCUUGAUGAAUUAGCAAUCCUCAGAGUGGCGCCCAUU